AGUUGUUAAUGGAAAUUAAGAGCCGUAAGUGACAUUAGAUCAUGAACAUUUCGUGAUGCUGCCAUGUUCCCGAUUUCAAGUGCCACAACACUGGCCUCCAACAACUUCAGUUUCCUCUACAGUACUUUAUAUACAACAUUCACACGCGAAUAAACCCAAGUGAAGAGCAACAUUUCUCUUCGAACUUUGCUCGGAAAAGCCACCCUAUACCGGAGUUAAAAUGACGAAGUUGAAUGUCUUGACAGCAAGACUUUCAACCGUAUGUUCCAUGAGAACUGCAAAACCGUGCAGAUCCUCAUCCUUUGUUAUGGGUCCUCGUUUGCAUGGCUCUGUAUCGAGGAGCAGUUCUAAAGCAUUAGGGCUGAAAGCUUCUUCCUCUUUCUGUGUAUCAGCAAUGGCAGUUUACAAAGUGAAGCUGUUGGGGCCAAAUGGUGAGGGGGCUGAGUUUGAUGCCCCUGAAGAUGUUCACAUUCUUGAGUCAGCUGAAAGCGCAGGGCUGAAGUUGCCUCACUUGUGCAGGUCAGGGGCAUGCUCUACUUGUACCGGGCUCAUGGUUUCAGGGUCGGUGGAUCAAUCGGAAGGAGUGUUCCUCGAUGAGAUGCAGAUGGAGAAAGGGUACGUGGCCACCUGCGUCUCAUACCCAACAUCAGAUUGUGUUAUUCACACCCACAAAGAAAGCGAUCUCCACUGACUGAACUACAAUGAGCAGAGGAAGAAGAGUAGAGUAUCUUUUUCUCUCCGCAUAUUUCAAAUGAU